GGCGACAGUGACUCGGCGCGCCCCAACCUGCAAAAGCGCUCCAAAAAAUGGCCGCACUUACCAUGGCGGCAUAGCAAACUGCUGAAAUGCGUACCUGUGUGGCCCCGAACUGAUGCAAAGUCCGCGGUCCAUUCAUCAUGGGUGUUACCGGCCUCUGGACAGUGGUCAAACCAUGCGCUAGGCCUAUCAAGAUAGAAACGUUAAACCGAAAGCGGCUUGCGGUUGAUGCGUCGAUAUGGAUAUACCAGUUUCUAAAGGCAGUGCGCGAUCGGGAAGGAAACGCGCUUCGGAACGCUCAUAUCGUCGGCUUCUUCCAGCGAAUAUGCAAGUUACUCUACUUCGGUAUCAAACCUGUUUUCGUCUUCGAUGGGGGUGCGCCAGCCCUGAAGCGACAGACAAUUGUGUCCAGGAAGCAAAGAAGAGAAGGAAGAAGAGAAGAUGCAGCUAGAACUGCUGGAAAGCUUUUGGCUGUUCAAAUCCAGAGAAAAGCCGAGGAAGCAGAGUUGCAGAGGCGCACGAGGGUUGACAACAAUGAAGCUGAGGAGCCCCUCCCGGAGAAUUUGGUGUAUGUGGAUGAACUAAAUAUGACGCCUAAAGAAAGACAAAAGAACCGGCAUUUCCGCAAACAGGAUGCUUAUCAUCUUCCUGACCUGGAUGUUUCUCUUGCUGAGAUGGGUGCCCCGAACGAUCCUCGGAUCAUGUCCCAGGAAGAACUCGAGGAAUAUGCACGUCAGUUCCACUCGGGGGAAGAUAUUAGCCUGUAUGACUUUUCGAAGAUCGACUUUAAUAGUCCUUUUUUUCUCAGCUUGCCUCCCAGUGAUCGCUAUAAUAUUCUGAAUGCAGCAAGGUUAAGGAGUAGGCUUCGGAUGGGCUACUCGAAAGAGCAACUGGAUACUAUGUUUCCGGACCGAAUGGCUUUCUCGAGAUUCCAAAUUGAACGAGUGAAAGAGCGGAAUGACCUAACGCAGAGAUUGAUGCAUCUUAGCGGGAUGACCGAGGAUGACUCUUUAUACGGGAUAGGAAGUAGCGCUAGAAUCGCUGGCGAGAGAGGCAAGGAGUAUGUACUGGUUAAAAAUAACGGAGUGGAGGGAGGUUGGGCUUUAGGGGUGUUGGGAAACAGGGACGAGGGUCAGCGUAACAAACCCAUUGAUGUUGAAGAGUACGGGGAGCAAUUAUUGUCUGAUGAGAAUAAUGUCCUAGAAGAUGACGAUGAGGAAUUUGAGGAUGUUCCUAUUGAGGGACUCAACAGGUUGCCCAAGCUACCUGUAUUUGACAAAGGUGUCUUCGAUAAGGCUCUUAACGAGCACGCUAGGGAAAUUGCAGAUCGCGCAACGGAUCAGAUAUAUGAUGUAUCCUUCGACCAGACUAACGCAAAACACGACCCUCUCUUUGUUCCAGAAAUAUCUCAAAGCACGAAGGAUCAGGAUACACUUUUUGAAGACUCGGAAUGUCAAGAUUAUUCUGACAACGACGAUAUCCGACUGGCAAUCCAAAUGUCUUUGGAAUCGCCCAACGACGAAAACAUUCUUAACUUAAAUGGGCCAUCGGGGCCUGGCAGCAACGAGGAACCUAGCAAGAAGGCAAUUGACCGCGACGACCCCGAGGAUAUUACCGAUGACGAGGAUAUGAAUUUUUUUGCCGCAUUGUCCAAGUCUAAAGCGAUGAAUAUGGGAUCCUCUACCCCAAUUCCCAAUCCCUUCGACGGACCACUACCCUUUGAAUCUUUGAAAAUUAGCAAGCCAACUACUUCACGCACCGUCCCCAAAGCGGAUGGCGAGGCUGGUGGUUUUGAGAAAACCACGCCGAAAGCCCAGAAGACAGCCCAGCCCCUACCACCAUGGUUCGGCGCCAUACUUGCAGAGAAACCCUUUAUUGAUCAAGAAAUCGAUGACCAAUUCGGUGGUGUUGAUUCUAACAAUCGUGUAAGACAACGCGAUAAUAUUCUUGGAAAACCCAAAGAGGUGGAAGUUAUCAAUGUUGAUGAGGAUGUUUCCCAGGGGAAUAAGACAAUCGAUGUUGAGACCCUAGGUGGAGAUACCCAGGGGCAUAGCGCUCCUGCUCCCGUCAAGGACUCUAAUUCCAGAACCUCACCAUCAACGGUCUCUAGUCGCGAAGCCACUCCGAACACUCCGUCUAAACCUGCCCACGAGCACAUGGAAAAAGAGGAUACAGCUGAGCCAAAGGCUGAUAAAUUUAACUCCGUCAAGCAUGAUAAUGAAAAAUAUUACGAGUCGGAACGUACAGAUGACGAGACCAAUUCCAAAAAUAUUGUACAGAACGAGAAAUCCCACCCCGAAAUGAAAGUGCAGCGGGCGGUUAUAUCUCCAAGCCCAGAAUUCGAGGAUGUAGAAAUUGCCCACCCUCCCGAGGCGGCGCAGACAACAUCAGACGUUUACGAUGCCUCGAAUUAUACAGCGCAACACCACGAUUCUACACGUUAUUAUGAUGAUGGUGACGAUUUUUCAGACCCCGAGGACGAUGAAUUAAUGCACCAGCUGCAAAAGGAAGCCGAAGAACAUGCUCGAUUUGCAUCUACUCUUAAUUCUAAAAGCCAGGCAGAAAAUGCAUUCAAUUAUGAGCAGGAAUUGAGACAGCUACGUUCGCAGCAAAAGAAAGACCGGCGGGACGCUGAUGAAGUCUCGCACAUUAUGGUUUCAGAGUGUCAAGAAUUGCUUAGACUUUUCGGGCUUCCCUACAUCACUGCUCCUAUGGAAGCAGAAGCUCAAUGUGCGGAGCUGUUGUCAUUGGGCUUGGUGGACGGCGUUGUGACUGACGAUAGCGAUAUUUUCCUGUUCGGCGGUACUCGUGUUUACAAGAACAUGUUCAACACCGUCAAGUUUGUGGAAUGCUAUCUUAGCAACGACCUCGAAAAGGAAUAUAAUCUGGAUCGCAGCAAGCUGAUUCAGUUUGCUCACUUGCUGGGGAGUGACUACACUGAAGGAAUACCUGGCGUAGGCCCCGUUACUGCUCUUGAAAUCCUCACAGAAUUUCCGACUUUGGAAGACUUUAGGGAUUGGUGGUCUCAAGUGCAAAUGGGUGCUAAACUCCCAGAGGACAGCCACUCUGCUUUUCGCAAAAAGUUCAAGAAAAAUGUUACGAAGCUAUUCCUCCCUCCAGGGUUUCCUGACAAACGUAUCGAUUCCGCAUAUCUUGAACCUGAGGUAGAUUCUGAUCCCUCAGCAUUCCAAUGGGGCGUGCCUGACCUUAAUGCUCUACGCCAGUUUUUAAUGUCUACUAUCGGAUGGAGUCAAGAGAGGACGGAUGAGGUGCUUGUUCCAGUGAUUCGUGAUAUGAAUCGUAGAGAACAGGAGGGCACUCAAUCGAAUAUCACCAACUUCUUCCAGGGGCCUUUAGGGGCGGGCGCGUUUGCUCCACAUCGACGACCGGAUGGGAGAAGCAGGAUGGAGAGGGCGUUCAACAGAUUAAAACACCAAGCUCAAACAAAGCAGCAGGGCAUUGGGCCGCGUUCGGAUGAUGGGGAUCCCUCUGGUUCCAACCCUUCAGUAAAUCGGGGGCCUAGCAAAAGAUCUCCAGAUGAUGGUCUCGAUGCUUCUAAUGAGCGUGAAUCUCCCGGUGAUAAUGAGAGUGAGAAGACAACUCGCAAGACAUCAAAGAAGCGUAAAACGACGAAAGCAUGACAUUACUAUGAGAUAUGACUUGAAUGAUUUUGAAUGAUAAAUUUAUGCAAGUAUACCAGCAUAUUUUUGCUGAGCUUAAGUUACCGAGCGUGUACAGAAUGACUCGGAUCUUGUAUAUAUACAGAAAGAUAGAUCUAGCAAGAAAUGUAAGAAAAUGGACAUACAGUCUGAGCGCGGCUCGGGCGAAACCGACAAUGCGUCCGGUAUCCUACUAGAGGAACCUUUUGCGUGGUUCCAAACCUGACUCCGCGAUCACACACCGUCAAAACAGCAUAGAUUAGCCAAUCCAAUGCACUGCACUAGCAUCCAAAAUCGAUUCGAUCACUCUUGAAAAGCUGCCAGUUCCGGACAGUUCCAGCUAAUUCAGUGUUAGCACGUUCAGUACUUCCCUGGUAUAUAGGUGAAGCUACACUUACGUGAGGAACUUUCCGCUCAACCCUCCCGGAGCAUCAAGCGCAAGCCUCGCAAUAACAUGUCCCGGUUGCUCCGGUUUGAGCAACUUGCCUUCCUUGUGAGCAUCAACGAACCUCCGCCCUUGUACGGGCCCUAGGACGUCUAUGUGUUUCUCUCGAAGCUCCUCUUGCAUCUGCGUAUCGACCAUCCCUGGUCGGAUGGAGAUGGAUGUGAUGUCGGGCUCUUCCAGCGCGAGGGUCAUGUUGAGAUGAUUCAGAGCUGCCUUGGUGGAGCCGUAUAAUCCCCAGCCCGUCGUUGCCGAUGUCGCCGCACCGGAUGAGGUGAAGAUUACUUUACCAUGAGUUUUGCGCAAGUGUGGGAUUGCGGCUUUUAGCUGUAUAUCGGUAGAGUUAGAACGUAAGGUAUUUGUAAAUUCAUUUCAAACCAGACCUUCCCUUCCUUUUUUUUUUUUCAUUUGUAAAAUAUCCCCCAGUUGUAAGACCACAGCCCGCACCACCCGCAAACUCGAAUCGCAGACAAAACCAUCACCCCCAAAAUAAAAAAAAAUAAAAAUAAAAAUAAAAAAUUCAAAAGACACUCACAAACCCAAGUACACUAAUAAAAUUAACUUCAACCCCCUCCCUCCAUUCCUUCAACUCACAAUCCACCAGCCGCGUCACAGGCCCCAACGUUCCGUGAUUAAGCACCAGCCCGUCCAGUCUUCCAAAUGUCUUUAUGGCCACCUCAACCGCCCGCUCAGGUAGCGACGGAGAUGGCGGGGAGGAUGAAUGUGGCCCGGCGACAUCGCCCGUGAGGAUCACCACGCGGUUAGCACCGUAUUGCUCCUGUAGUUGCUGGAGGGGUUGCUGUGAGCGGGCGAGGAGGAUUAAAUUGUGGGAGGCCGGGAGACGAAGUAGGUAGUGGGCCACUGCGAGGCCGAUGCCGCGUGAGCCGCCAGUGACGAUUAUGGUUUUUGACGACAUCUGUUAUGUUAUAUUAUAUGUUGAAGUGGUCUUUUAUCCUUUAUUGGCGAAGGAGGGGCUCUUCUUUUGUGCUCGGUUCAUCCGAUUUGUCCGCGAACACUUUGAGGUUCCAGAUAAGAUAAGAUAAGAUAAGAUAAGAUAAGAUAAGAUAAUCCGCUAUGUAAUGUACUUAACAGUAGUAGAGUAGUACAGUAACUACAGCGUAUGGCAGGACGAUUUUACUUGAACUACAGUACAUUGCUUUUUGUGAUAUUAGCCUGACUUACUUGCUAUAUUCACUCACACGAACGAGUGCUACCCUUGCUCACAGCAGGCUGUUCCGUUAUCAUUAUAUUAGUUUGUGCCUUGCUGAGCCCGGCAGGAUAUAUUAUAUAUUCGUAUACUCCUCCAUACCGGAUUGAACUCUUAAGAGAUUCCCUCAAGGGAUGAAAUAUACAAAACUCUUAGGUGACCGGAGGGAGGUGGUGAAUUCAUUAUUAUCGGAAUAAUCUCCCCCUGCUGGCAAAAGCUACUCUUGAAAUGCCACAAUC